AUGGGCGAUGGCGGUGGGGACAGAGCUUCCUCCUCAUCCUCCGCCAGCCUUAACAACUUCAACUCACCUACAAGGGAUCGACGUGAUGGAGCUAAGCUGGGCAUCAACAGCGUCUCCUCUGCAGUCAGUCUGCCCAGCGAGACGCGUGGUCGCACAAGCGGUGUCGGCAGUGGCGAUAGCCCUAGCUCAUCCACUACCUCCUUCCCCUUCAACCAACAACAACAACUUGGAACUCAGAGACGCACCAGAACCUCAGCGCCAGCAAUUCCUGAGACCCCCACCAAUCAGGAAGUCAGUGAGAAGGAGAAGCAAGAGCUUGAUCGUGAGACGCGCCUUGAAAUCUACGUAUACGUCGUGCGAUGUAUCGCCUACCCUUUUUACUCCAAAGUACCAACGGAUCCGGCAAAGCGAUACCUGAAGGUGACGAAAACCCAGCUAACCGCACUGAAGGGUCGAUUUCAAGCUUUCCUAAAUGGCGAGUUGGACAUUGUUGGUGACGAGGCGUUUACCAAUGCAAUACAAAGCUACUACGACAUAUUUCUAUGCAGUGAUCGAAUCCUCACCAUGGUGAAGGGAGGUGGCUGCUCGAUGCACGAUUUCCGUGAGGUUUUUCGAAUAAACAUCGAGUGUCGAAUCCAAUGUCUCCCUGACAUCGAGGGGUUGGACAAGUCAAACAUCUCGAGCGCCUGGAUGGUUAAGUUUGACCAGAUCUGCCGUGGCGGGGCCGGCCCCUCGGCAGCCAUCCAACGUCUUCAGGUACCUCAAUCCGAAGUCUUUAUGUCAAAGGAGCAGCUCUACGACAUGUUCCAGAGCAUUCUCGGUGUCAAAAAGUAUGAGCAUCAGAUCCUCUUCAAUGCAUUGCAGGCGAGUCUUGACAAUGCUGACGAACAGGCAGCUCAAGUUCGACGAGAACUGGACGGUCAAUUGGCCACGAUCGAGGAAAUGGCCAGGAAUCGAAAUAUCCCAAGACUGGUGCAGAAGUCCAUGGACUCUCUCUACACAGAGGAACUGCGCAAUAUGGUGAACGAGCUCAUGAUUCGCCUUGAAUCAGUCCCCGUCACCAAGGGUGGUGGAAGCUUUCAGAAGUUCAAAAGGCAUGGAAGGAAUCAAAGUCUCGGUUCGAGUCUGCGGGAUCACAGUGCUGAGGAGAGCCCAGAACUCAACCUCAGCAAGGUAGACACGCAGCUAAACUUCACUCUUGAGGUUGUCGUGGUACAAGUAAAGAACUUAAAGCAUUUACCACCAACAAAGAUGGUCUAUUGCACAAUGGAGGUUGAGGGAGGUGAUCGCUUACAGACGGAUCUGGCCGAGGCUGGCAAAGCUCAUUGGGGAACUCAAGGAGACUUCACCACCUCACAUCCACUGCCACAAGUGAAGGUAAAACUCUACGCGGAAGCCUCUGGACUGCUCAGCUUGGAAUCCGGAAAGGAACUGGGUCGAGUUGUUCUCAAUCCCACAUGCAAGGGGAGUCGAGCCCCAGAAUGGUAUAAAAUGCAAACAUCUCGAAACUGCUCGGAUGAUCUGCGAAUCCAACUCACCAUUCGGAUGGAUAAGCCCAACAACCUCAAGUACUGCGGCUACUGCUACGCAAUUGGACGCAACGCUUUCAAGAAGUGGCGGAAGCGCUACAUAUGUCUCAUUCAGGUCUCGCAGUACACGUUCAUCAUGGCCUCUUAUAAAGAACGCAAGUCCGAACCACUGGAAAUCAUGCCGCUUGAUGGAUAUACCGUGGAUUACUGUGAGCCCCAAGCAGACUUGGUGCAGUUGGGCGGAGGGGCGUACUUCUUCAAUCUGGUGAAGGAGGGCGACAGCAUGUACUUCACGACGGAGGAUGAGAACGAGCGGCAGCUAUGGGUGCAGGCCAUUUACCGGGCCACCGGGCAAACGCACAAACCUAUCCCACCACCCACGCACUCUGCCGCUCCUUCAGCGGACACCGCUGCCUCCUCCACUACUACCACUGCCGCUGCAGUCUCUACCAAGGGUGCCAAGGGUGUGGUGGACCGAGCACGAAAACACGGGAUGGAGAAGUUUGUGAGCAUGGAGCCGUGGCGCAGGUCGCACGCGGAGCUCUUCCCCCUGCUGCAGUCUAGAUGUCUGGAGUUCCGUAUGCAGGAUCAAUUCGUUUCCCUUGGAUGGUUCUCGCCCUCGCAGAUGUUCGUACUUGACGAGUACUGCGCCCGCUACGGGGUGCGUGGGUGUCACCGACACCUCUGUUACCUGGCGGACCUCCUUGAUCGAGCCGAGCACGGCGUCAUGAUUGAUCCCGCGUUGGUUUACUACUCCUACGCUUUCUGCUCUAGACACAUCCUCGGCAAUACACAAGACAGCGCAGUGAGGACAGUGCUUGUUGAGGAACGGGAGAUGUUCUUCGACAUCCGCGCACGUCUCUCCGCCCUGUUAGAGAAGCAAAUCACCGAAUUCCGCUACUACUUUCCCUUCGGACGUCCGGAAGGUGCACUUAAACAGACCCUAGGUCUUCUUGAGAGAGUCCUCAUGAAGGAUAACGGUGCUCCUGCAUCAGUUGAAGAAGUCAGAGGCGUUAUUCGAAAUUGUCUUCAACAGGCCGCUCUCGUAAACUACUCGCGGGUGUCCGAAUAUGCAUCCAUUGAAAGCGGUCAAGAUACUGCAGGAGAUCCACCCAAUUCAGCAAAAUCAAUCUCUGACCUCAUCCACCUCGCUGAACUGUGCAUUGAAGUUUUACGACAAAAUGAGGAACAUCAUGCCGAGUCCUUCGCCUGGUUCAGCGAUCUACUCACAGAGCACGCUGAGCUUUUCUGGUCUCUCUUUGCUGCCGACAUGGUGAUCGUGAUGGAGAAAAUUCCACCUGAUUGUUGGGACGCCUUUCCUCUCUUCCAAGUGCUCAAUGACUACCUCAUAACAGAAGAAAGCCUGAAAGAGGGGAAAUUCCACCAACAGAUCCGUGAGAUGUUCGCCCCUAUGGUGAUCCGAUAUGUGGAUCUCAUGGAGGCCUCUAUCAUACAGUGCAUUCGCGGCGUGCCUCUCGUUGAGGGCGGGGGUAAUGGUAUGCAUACCAUGAUGAACGGUGCCGAACAUUCCGGUGGCGGACUGGCCUCGGCGCUAGGCAGUGUGGGCAGUUCUAUCGCUUCCGCGGCCGUCAACGCAGCCAACGCCGCCGCGGUGGGCAGCGGCAACCUCGUCUCAGCUGCGGUGAACGCCGCAAGUGGAGGUGGUGGUGGAGGUGUGGGUGCUGCAAUUCCUGUCUCCUCUGAGGAGCUCAUUUGGAAACUAGAAGCACUGCAAACCUUCAUUCGGGAGCUCCACUGGACUGAUACAGUUUUUGCAGAACAUCUAGACAAUCGGCUCAAAAUGAUGGCUGCUGACAUGAUUGAUGCGGCUGCAAACAGGAACUUGGAAUGCUUCGACGCAUGGCUCAAGCGAUCGUCAAAAGGCGCUGAUUUUAUUUUGCCCAACGAGUGCUGCAAUAUGAUCAACACGGUUGCCGCGCUCAAGGCAAAUAUUCUAAAGUUGUGCACUAAAGAAGUACAAGGUGAAGAUAUGCAUGAGUAUCAAAACCAAACAGAGGCUAACUUGGAAAAAAUUCAACGGCGCAUGGCGUACAUUUUGAACGAAAAACUCAGCCACGUUCUUGAGGGAACUCUCACCAAACUUGCUCGCUACGACUGCAAUACGCUCCUCUCCUCGGUUCUCUCCCUAACGAAGCCAACAGACGAGGUGGGAAAGGCCUAUGUGGAAUUCAUGCGAGUGAAUUUGGAACAAUUACGACAAAAACUCUCAGACGAAGUCUACGUCCUCUCUGGAAUGGAGGCGUGGUAUAUGUCCCAGACUCACAUGAUCAAUGAGUGGUUGAAUGAACGAAAGAAUCAUUCUCUCCACCCAUACCAAUUCACUUGCCUUUCCACGAUCAUGAAGAAAAUGCAUUCCGACUUUGAACUCCAGGGGAUUUCUCCAGACGCAUUAGACACCAUGAUGUACAAAAAUAUCUCCCAAAGGCUGCAAGUUGAAGAAGCCACAAUAUCAGUGCAAUCCAACUCCAAUGCAAGUCCAACCCGAUCCAUUUUGGGCACCAUAACCGGUGGUAUAAGCGGCCUCUCCAGCAGUAUUCCUAAGCCCAGUUUCCUCAGCCGAAUCGGCUAA